AUUUAAAAAAAAAACCAAUGGAGGCACUUGACGCACUUGACAAGCGUUUUAUUUUCAUUUUCGAAAUUUAUCCUGACCCAAGCUAGAAACCUGAGAACGAGUUGCAGCACAAAUUAAAAGUGCAACGUACAAGUGUUUUAAAUAAAGGAAUACAGUGUUAGUGUUAUCGUUCGUGAUUAGCGUCGCAACGCUUAGUGUUUUGUAAUUAGUAUAGUACUUGUGGGGAAUACCAAGUGUAUCGAUGGCCGUUUGAACGUUUCCGUGGUGUAUUUGUUGAACUCCUGGAGCAGUGAGUCACCGAAGCAUAGUAUCGGGCGGUCGCCAUGGACACCGACGAUGGGGAAUCCUCGAGCAGCGGGCCGAUGUCCAGCUUGAAUAGCUUGUUUUCUUUCACAAGCCCUGCCGUCAAGAAACUCCUGGGCUGGAAACAGGGCGACGAGGAAGAAAAAUGGGCGGAGAAGGCCGUAGACAGCCUCGUGAAGAAGCUGAAGAAGAGGAAAGGAGCUAUAGAAGAAUUAGAACGAGCACUGUCAUGCCCCGGGACUCCAUCUAAGUGUGUCACCAUACCACGCUCGCUCGAUGGCCGGUUACAGGUUUCCCACCGCAAAGGGCUGCCACACGUGAUUUACUGCCGCGUGUGGCGCUGGCCCGACCUACAGUCCCACCAUGAGCUCAAGCCCCUCGAGAUCUGCCAAUACCCCUUCAGCGCCAAACAGAAGGAAGUCUGCAUCAACCCCUACCACUAUAAACGGGUGGAGAGCCCCGUUCUCCCUCCUGUGUUAGUACCACGACACUCGGAAUUUCCACCUGGGCAUCCUCACAUGCCCUUCCAAAGAAUUGCGGAACCCGCAAUGCCCCACAAUGUUUCUUAUUCCGGAUCGGGCUUCCCGCCUUCGGCCAGUUCUGAACUCCCGGACACGCCUCCACCGGCGUACUCCCCGCCCUCGGACGACAUGGAACCACCGGGCGAAGUGGCGCCCGUGUCUUACCAGGAACCGGUAUAUUGGGCUUCGGUAGCCUACUACGAACUGAACUGCAGAGUCGGCGAGGUGUUUCAUUGCAACUCUCACGCUGUCGUCGUCGACGGCUUCACGGAUCCCUCCAACAACAGCGACAGAUUCUGCCUAGGACAACUGAGCAACGUCAACAGAAACUCGACCAUUGAAAACACCAGACGCCACAUAGGAAAAGGCGUGCAUUUGUUUUACUCGGGCGGGGAAGUGUACGCCGAAUGCCUGUCCGACGCCGCCAUCUUCGUGCAGAGCCGCAACUGCAACCACCACCACGGCUUCCACGCCUCCACCGUGUGUAAGAUACCGCCCGGCUGCUCCCUGAAGAUCUUCAACAAUCGCGAAUUCGCGCAGCUGCUGUCUCAGAGCGUCAAUCACGGCUUCGAAGCGGUCUACGAGCUCACCAAGAUGUGCACGAUCCGAAUGUCGUUCGUGAAGGGAUGGGGAGCGGAGUACCACCGCCAGGACGUGACGUCGACCCCGUGCUGGAUCGAGAUCCAUCUCCACGGGCCGCUGCAGUGGCUGGACAAAGUCCUGACGCAGAUGGGGUCGCCCCACAACGCCAUCUCCUCUGUGUCCUAGCUGUGUGCCCGAAUUCCGACCCCACCGUAUGUAUUUCCUUCGUAUUACUCGUGCGACCAUUUAAUGCACGCGAAUUGCCCUCGUAUUACUGCAUUUUAAACGCGAACAUUUUGUACAUUUGUACAUUAUUUUACUUUUAUAAACGUUUAACUCGCGCAAUCUUUUACACAUAUAGGUAUCAGUUGUUAUACCUAUUGCCAACUAUUUUAAUGGCUUUCGUAACCUCGGUAUUUUACUUGAAAACAUUAUUGUGGGUUAAAGUUUAGUAGCGUUUAACACAUAGAAAUUGAAGUACAAAUUUCACUAAAAUGUAUGUGAUAAAAUGUGCGAAAGCUAUCGCUAAUGUCAAAUGCAGAUCAUAUAUAAGACUCACC